AUGCGUGAUAUUGUUACAGCUACCUCUGUGCUUGUUCCUAGAAGGCCUGGAAAUGAGGAUCUGUGUAGUCUUGUUAGGUGUCUGUGUGGCCAUGGCAGCAGCAAGGACUUUAGAAACGAAACGGAUGAAAUAAAACGUAUGCUAUUAAAACGCUUACUGUUAAAUAAACUGGAAACUAGAAGUCAUGGUAAUCAAGGCGGACAUAACGGUCCAGGAGCCGGGGGUGGUGGUGGACCAUCACUUGAAAAACGUUUGAAAAACAUCCUACGCGAUAUCAAAGUUAUUGUUGACAAAUAUGAUUUGGGCAGUGAGGUAGAAGGUUUGCUUAAAGCCGCUGGAACUAUAAUUAAUCUUGUUCAUGAAGGUGAAAUGGCAGCGUCGAGUGGUGCAGCACCUAGCAGUACAACAACAUCUGACACAACAACAACAACAGCUGACACAACAACAACAACAACUGACGCAACAACAACAACAACAACAGACGCAACAACAACAACAACUGAAGCAACAACAACAACUGAGGCAACAACAACAACAACAGAAAACCCAACUACAGAUGGAGCAGGAAAACGUCUUUUCGAAAGCCUUUUAAGGGAACUAAUACUGAAGAAGACGGGAAGGCAAAACUAAUAUUUGAUUUUGAAGAAAUGGUAAAACAUACCAGACGACAUCGUUUCCAUCGGAAAAGAAGAAAAUGAAUACUGAGUUCCGACAUCUGAACUUGUUUGUGCACACCUGAAACGUUUUUACUUCUUUUUUAUUUCAAUUCAUUUGUCAUGUAACUAUAUUUGUUUUCAUGCAAAAUAUUACAUUUUCGGCUUAAAAGGUAAUUCCAUCUUCUCCCUAUCAGUUUUUUACGGACUCAAACGUUUGUAGCUCCUAAAGUACAUCAAACAAAAAUGACUGUCAGAAUAAGCCCAAGACAUCUAAGGUCUUUUAUUUCAGAGACAGGGUUACAUAUACCUCUAAAAUUCGAUUUUAAUCAGUUUGUAAAUAAGUUGGUAAUUACUGUUCUGGCAUAACAAGAACUGGAAAGUUCAAACAUUAUCAGAUAUGGAAAGUAUAUAAGGGUAAAGAUAUAUUAUUAUUUUACGAUAAAAGAAUGACCUUUUAAGCUGGCAAUGAUCACUUCACUUAUAAUCAGAUUUCAUGACAGAAAUGUUCAAUAAACAUUUAAAGCAAAUAAUUGUA